CCCGCGCCCAAGGUAUACCAGCCAUGGAUAGAAAGCCGUGGAGGAUCAUCAACCACCGCACGCGGAUCGCGAUAAUGAACCUAUUGCUGCUCUGCACCGCACCUGUCAGAGCGCGCGUCGACGAGACGCAGAUGGAUACGCACGAGGGCUCGACGGUGCAGUUGCAGUGUCGAUUUCCGCCACCGCGGGAAAACGUUACGUGCUUCUGGCUGACCCACACGAACAACAAUCUCGACAACGCGGCGAUCGAGGGCCGUUCGCUGUCGCCGAACUACAAGGUGUACAUGAACCUGCAGGAGGGCCGUUACGAUCUGCAGAUAAGAAACGUGUCCUACGAGCGUGACAACGGCAAGUACGAAUGUAGGGUGAAGGUCAGCAGCACCGGCACCGAUCUCCACAGGAAGUACAUCACCCUGACGGUGCUGAGGGCGCCGGGUCCGCCGUCGAUAUCGCCGACCUCUGCGCCGGCCACCGAGGGCCAGAGGCUCGAGCUGCAGUGCAACACCUACGGCGGCAGCCCCGAGCCGGAGGUGAGGUGGUACCGCGGUAACAGCAGCACGCUUCUGCACACCGGCAGGACCCUGAUGGUCGAGCCCACGCGGGAAGACGAUCGGGCGAUCUUCCGAUGCGUCGUGAGAAACCGAGCGAUGCGCGAGGGCGAUACCCUGGACGCCUCGGUGACGCUCGAUGUCAACUACUUCCCACGCGUGUCCGUCGGCCCUGAUAACCCGCUCAAGGUCGAAGUGAACGGCACGACGACCCUCAAGUGUCACGUAGACUCGAAGCCGAGGGUCGGCAUGGUACGCUGGUGGCGGGACGGCAGUUUCAUCGCCACUAACUUCGAGCACGUGAUACCCAAGGUGACGCUACAGGACGUCGGUAGGUAUACCUGCCAGGCGGACAACGGACUCGGCAGGCGUACCGACGCCUCUCUGGUUCUGGACGUGCUUUACCCGCCCACGGUGUCCAUCGAGGGUGACACCGUUCGCGUGGCCGAUGUGGAGGACAGCGUGACCGUCCAUUGCAACGUGUCCGCCAACCCGACCCCGUCCGUGAUCGAAUGGCUGCGGGACGGCCGACCGGAGUUCAGGCAGCCAGGUUCGAUCCUGCGACUGACCCGCGUUAACGCGGAGCACGCCGGUAAUUACACGUGUCGCGCGGUGAACACGAUUCACCCCACCGGCGGUGAACGCAGAAACCAUUCGGCCUUUGCCACCGUGACGAUCCGAGUGCGACACAAGCCUGGUCCAGCCAGGGUAACCCCGGACUCGCCGGUCGCCGUCGAAGGCUCGCGGGUGAUACUCACGUGCAUGGCCAGCCCGGCCGGCUAUCCCGAGCCGCAAUACAAGUGGUGGAAGGAGGGUGACGGCGGCAUGGUCCUGAUGCCGCCGUCCGGUCAAAAGUACGAGAUCGAUUCGGUGCAUCUCGGCAGCGAGGGCACCUACAAGUGUCACGCGAUGAACGAGAUCGGCAUCGGCGACGCCGCGUCGGUGAACCUUACCGUUCACCAGCCGCCGAAGAUACUGACCAAGCUGCAGCCUCACGUCACGAGGAAAGUCGGCGAGUCGUCGUUUCAAGUAUCCUGCGUAGCGCAGGGCAAACCGCGGCCUAGCGUGCGCUGGCUGAAGGACGAUCAAGAAUUAACGGCCGACGAGAGGCUCUACAAAGUAAUUACGACGGCGUCGGAGGGGCACGGUAGCGUAAUAACCGUAAAUUCCACGCUGAGUUUUCUGGGUCACGCUCGUCCGCAGACCGACGAAAUCGUGGCGGGCGAUCGCGGCAAGUACACCUGCGUCUUCAGUAACGAGGUGAAGAAAGUCGAGUCCACGAUGAUGCUCAAGGUAGAGCACGAGCCCAUUGUUCUCCAUCAGCACGGCAAAGUGGCUUACAAUCUCCGGGAGACCGCCGAGGUGGCCUGCAAGGUUCAAGCUUGGCCAAAGCCCGAGUUCCAGUGGAGCUUUGGUACCAACGCCGCGACUCUUCAGGGCUCCUCCAGCGACGGCCACUACGAGAUCACCACCACGAGCGACAACUACGACGCGUACACGUCCGUCCUGAGGAUGAGCAACAUCCGCGAAUCCGAUUACGGCGAUUACACUUGCCGUGCCGCUAAUGCUCAGGGUAGCGUCAUGUCUACCAUCAGAUUGCAGCCUAAGGGAGCGCCGGAGAGGCCGACCAAUAUCACUGCCAUGGAAAUCGGGCCCACAUACGUCACUCUUUUGUGGCAGUUGGGUUUCGACGGUGGCCUACCUAUCACUAAGUACUUCGUUUCGUAUAGAAGAGUGGCCGGUGGUGACGAGAUAGUCGCGCCAGACUGCACGCCUCCCCGAGGACCAGUCGGCCAAUGGCUCGAGCUUGAUUGCCGACGAUCGAAUCCGUGUAACGUGACCAAUCUCGAGCAACAUCAGACUUAUACCUUCAAGGUAAAGGUCUACAACACCAAGAAUCAUUCCGACUAUUCUGACGAGGUGACCGCUACCACAACGGUCGCCGAGAUACCCACACCGCUUAGAGUAAGCUUCGAUCCGGAAAGCAGCACGCUCGCUAUUAACGUGGGUGCCACGUGCUUGGCGUUGGUGGCAUCUAUCGAGAAGUUCGACGGAGGCUCGGAUAGUUCAUGGCGAAUCGUCGACGAGUGGCCCCUCGAAGUUCUCGGAAGUGCACCUACUCAAAGAGAAGGAAUAUUGGACGAUCCCGAAGCGGCCGACUCGGAACCCCGACUGAGAGUUAGGUUGUGCCUCAAAGCCGACCGACAGAAAUGUGGCGAGUACGCGGAAGCCGAAAUUGGCCCAUCCUACAUCGCACAAGCUGGUUCUCUCGGAACGCCGACUUUAAUCGCCCUGAUAGUGAGCGGGGCAGUUUUUCUACUCUUUGCAGCCUUGCUGCUACUGUUUUGUCGAUGCCGGCGGAAACAUGCGACGAAGGCAAAAGAUUAUGAAAUGGACUCGAACGCCGUCCGACCGAGCCUUGUGGCAGGUAACGGCCAACAAACUCAACCACCACCACCAUAUUAUGCCGAGAACAAAGCGCUGGAGCACAGUUUGGAUCACGCUUUGGCUUUGGAGGAUUCAAAAACGCCCGCCUAUUCGCAAUCAGGAUACGGCUAUCAUCAGCCUAAUCACAAUAUCAACGGCGUGAAUAUGGGCUACAUGGACAACAGCUACUCGAAUUCCAACAACGGCGGCUCCGUCAACUCGCAGGACUCGAUAUGGCAAAUGAAGUCCGCCGCGGCGAACGGGGUUAACCAGCCGUACGAUCUCGCCGGGUACGGCACCACCGAGUCUGAUUAUCCCACGCACCCUCAUUAUCUCCCGCAGCGAGAGGAUUACAGGGAGAGCCAUAAUCUGAGCCGGCAGCAGUUCUGCACGGAACCCUUCGCCACCGUCGUCAAGUCUCAGAAACACGUCGAUUCACCUUACGACGUAUCGGGCCUGCCGUACCAGGAGACCUACGACGAGGACACAAAACCACCGCAGCAGCCCAGCCUCUCGUACGACGAGAGCCUUGAGUCCGGCUACUCCACGCCGAAUAGACGUAGGAUCAUACGGGAAAUAAUCGUUUGAGACCUGCCUACCGGCUCACGAG